UUUCAACAAAUUUCGUGGAUUUUGUAAUAAAAAUCAAAGUGAUAAAAGCAUAUGAGCAUCAUUUGCAACUCCCGCCGCCGUUCCCGGCUGGAAAAGUAGGCCGGAAAAGAGGAAACUCCGUCGUCUAGACCUCGUAGACAACGAUUCAAGAGACGGCUGCUGAGAAACCGGAAAGAUCCGCCUGCCUCUCGAGAACGCGCGGUCAACGACCUCUUGACCAAGACCCGGCGAUGGAGGAUCACGAUUCGGCCACUUAUUCGAUCGAAUCGGAACCGCCGUCUUCCCGCGGAAUCCUACCGUCGGCGGAAGACACCGUUCUACCGGCUUUGCGACGCACGGCAGUACAAAUCGUUUCACAACCUCUCUCUCCUCGUCGGCAGGCGUCGAAAUCCGCCCAAAAAGCCGGCGGUGAUGGUCUCGGAACGAUGCAAAUCACAAAACUGGUGCUCAAAACACCUCCCGGAAGUCCGAAGCGUCAUUCGAAAACACCCGGCAUCAUUAUCCAUUCGCUGCAGACCUUCGCCUCACCAGCGUUGCGCACGGGACACGAACACGAUCGCACUCCGGAUACAUCGCAAUCCACGGAAUCUGCAACAUCGAAAGUGCUCGUAGAACACAAAAACUUACCAGCCUCGGUUGAGUCUGCCGUUAGUGAGGCUCCGUAUCUCAUAAUUCCGAUCGUUUCUUCGCCGGGAAGGAAGCCUUCGCAAAAGGAGCACGACGAUCACCAGAUUCUGGAAAGUUCCAAGGAAAACAAAGUUCCAACGCAAUGUAUUGAAAUCACACGACUUGCCGGGCAAGAAAGAUCCGACAACAAAGUUCAAGCGACAAUUCAAAAGAUACGACUGCCAAGCAAGGCAAACGGUUCGGUAGUCGAAAUCAAGGCACAAAAUGUACCAAAACCUAAGGUUUCCAGUAAGCCAACAUCACAGAGUGCCGCGAACGAGAAAAUAGUCUACCGUCCAGUAGCAGCCGCUCGUCGCUCGUUGCUAAGAGAAACGCCGAAACCGGCAACCGAAAUUCCGAUGCUUACUUUACCAACCGCUAACGAAACGAUUCAAAGUGCGGUUGUAGAAAUCUCCUCAGAAAGCAAACAGAUUCCACCGCCACCAGUACUGACCGAAUCAAUGAAGCCUCCUCGUCCAUCAGGAACACAACCGAAACCACCUACCGCGGUUUCGGCAACUCGUCCACCGACAGGAGACUGCGUGAAGAAGAAGGAAAAAUCCUACGAUCCCGCAAAGGCCCGCGAAUUCAUACGAGAGCAGCAAGCAAAGCGUCGGCAGGAGAAAAAGGAUAUACCCGAACAAGGAGCGGGUCCGAAACCUUCGGAAAAAGAACUGAUCAAGCAACGGCUUGAAAACUUAAAGCGAAGCACAACCUCUCUGGUGAAGAAAAAUGUACAACAAGCACGUUCCCGGUCGGUGUCAUGCGCUCCAAAGGACACCAACGAACCUGUCACCGCACAUUCCGAUAAACCGCAGACUAACGGACGUUCUGGUCCUCCGCCUGCGAUACCGAAACAGACCUCGAUACGUAAGUUCCCUUCCUCGCCUUCUCUCCAACAGCCAACCAGCGCUGGUGAUUCGAAGGAAGUUCAUCGAAAAUUGGCCCUUAAAACAAUCCCAACAACGGCUGCUUCGGUAACAAAGGCUGUAAAAACUUCUUCACUCUCCGACAAAUCGGUUGCUGAGAACGUUUUGAAACGACGAGCGACCAGCAGCAUCAUUUCCAGUGACUCAAUCCGCCCUGCCAAGGCAAGACCAAGCUCUGCCCGAACCAGUUCAUCUACACUCACAUUAUUACCGAAACGCCCGGGAACAAGGAUCGGCAUCAUGCGCAAACCGGAUCACAUGUCGCUUGAAGACGUUCUGAGUCCUGUCCAUCAAACCUCUUCCCGACCGAACCAACAAAUUACCGUGACGACCCCGAAUGCAAUGGUCAAUGCACAGUUGAUUGUGAUUAAAGAUGAUCGAGGAGAUGCACAAUCACUCACUGCGGCGGAAAAAGAACUUAAACUGGAUGUGCCGGAUGUUACGCUCAUUCCUAGCAACACGGUUAAAUUAUCUUCGCCACUCCAGGAAGAGAAGGAAGCAAAGAACAACGCUGAUAAUGUCCUGCAAGAUCACAACGAACAGGACCAUCAUCGUAUCAAAAGCAUUCCACCAUGGUUGAAGCAAUCACUGCAGCAACCGGAUCCUUAUCCAUUCAUAGUGGCGGUACGGAAGAAGCUCGAAGCAGUACGAAAUGUGCAUGGAGAGGAAGAUAAAAAGGCAACUUAUAAGCAGAACGCUGAACAGCUGAUGGAGCGAGAAGAAGCAAUUAAUCCGCGCACAAAUGCUUACUUAGAUAUCAUUCACAGUGUGCCCAACAUUGCAAAGAAAGAACAACCGCGCAAGAUCAACAAUGAAGGAUCGGCCAUCUCAACAAACAUUUCCGUCCAAGGUGAAUCGAAUACAUCGUCAGAAAUUAGCUCGAUCAAGUCCGAUGUUGUAUUUCCACUGCCACCGCUCCUGAGCAGCACGAAAGUAGAAUCCUACUCGGCCAAAUUCGAUCGUCAGCCAACGUCUACCUCAGAACCCGUAAGUCCGCUUUCGGUGGAGAAAAUUUCAGGCCUUAAGAUAACAGCCUCUCCGAAACGCUCUGAAAUAUUACGCGCAUCGCAGCGAAAAGAAGCAGAAAGACUCAAAGAAAACAUACCACCAGAACUGCCACCAUCGAACGAAUCGCGAAUGCCGGAACAUUCCGAUCGCUCACAGCGUGAGCUGGACUAUCAGCGAAUGCUCGAUGCGUUCAAUCGAAGUCUCACACACGUGAUCGAAGUCAAUCAGCAGCUUUACUCUGCCCUAAAGAAGCCACCCUCGCCACUGCGAUCAGUAGCGGUGCCACAGGAAAUACGAAAGAUACGUGAUGAAAUGACACAAACCUCGGCAGCAAUGACAAUUCGAUCUUCGAUACCCGGGCAAGGAUCUCCUGAAACACCUAUCCAAAAAGCAUCCAACAGCCUGUCGGUAACACUAGCAGGCACCUCUACAACUGCCUCAAAUUACACGGAUGAUUUCGAGAAUCAGAGUCAAACGGGUGUUGGCACACCGACCGAGAAACCAAGCAUUCCCGAUUCAACCCAAAUACAUUCUCAGCAACAGAUACCGUCAACAGUGACAUCUUCAUCACUGGCCUCAUCUUCAUCACCUACGACGAGUUCUUCUUCGUCUUCAGGCUCUCUGGUUGCAUCGGAUGAUGGGCACCCCAGUACAAGCCCCUCAAGCAUGUCUACUUCAUCGUAUACAUCGUCGGGAAGCGGUAGUUUCACCGACCGACAGAAAUCUAAAUCAACAACAGUAAACGGACGGUCAAGCGACUUCGAAUCUCACUCCUCGGAUCACUCUGAUAACAGUCACAACAACACGGCCACCAAUAUCGUGCCACCAACGGCGGAGGAAUAUCUUCCUUCAUUCGAAGAGAGUCUGCGGCGAAAACAACUUUCCUCUGUAAAGCAUCCAACGCCAAGGAACGAAGACAAACGGAACAAAACAAAGGAAAAGUCUUCAGUUCUGGAAAAUCCAAUUCCACAAAGCCCGAAAACUGCUGCUGAAAAGGCUGACAAUGGGGAAGAUAGUAGCAUCGGUGAAGAAAUUCAAUCAGUGGACGAAGAAGUCCGUUCAUUUAGUUUAAAACUGUCGGAAGAAAUUACUGAGCAAAAGCUAAAGGAGCCCGCUGUUCAAGAACCUACAUUGACUGCACAACAAUCAUGUUCUUUGAAGCAAGACUCAUGCGAUGAUGUUACAUUCGGGAGUGAUCUUCUGGCUACCAUCUUUAACCGAACCGACCUAGAAGUUUCCAUCAUGUCAACAACUAUUUCAGAAACCAAUCUCAGCUACUCUUCGAUCGGAUUGUACGAUCAAUUGAUUCACAGUGAGCGCACUAAGCAAGAACAUCUAAUAUCGCGAGUUCAAGCUAAACAGAAAGCGCUACUAAACCGUGCAAAGGGACAGCUGGCAUGGUUGGAACUCCAAAAACAGCGCUUCCGCGAAAAGGGCCAGUUGGAGCACAUUUCGGGCAUCAAGAAGAAGCAACGAGCCGUUCUGCUGCGCUUGGAGAAGGAACGGUCGGAGUUGAAUCGAACCAUAAAAUCUUCUGCGGAAAAGACGAAUACGAGCGCAGUAAGCCGCACCCCGCUAACAACGAAGAAUAUGAAAAGCAAACUCAAUUCGUACUGCUCAACGUCACCAACAGUUGACCGUGCUUCACUAGCCUUACGAUCCUCUUCCGAAAAAGUGCGAUCGCAAUCGCAGCGUACUCCUCGCACUUCUUCCGGAAGUCCGGCUAAUCAGAGGAUGAUCAGAGGUAGAACCACAGAGACAACGACCACCACCACCACUACCACGAAUUCCAUACAAGUCGCCAUUCGCGCUCAUGAGAUUGAACCCAACGAUCGUCUGGAAGAUAUUCUGCUCCGCCGCGAGGAAGAGCUACGUAAGCGCAAGGAGCAUGUACGGCGGCUAGUCGAAUGGCACCAUAAGCUGGACCGCGAAGAGGCAGAUUUGAUGGCGAUCGAAGAAAAGCUGCGUGCGUACAGUAACCGCAAGUUGUUGCCAAGCGGGAGUCAUCGUCAAUCGAACGGUCCGACAAUCGAGGAACGAAUGCGUAGCAUUGAGGCAAGCCUCAAGACGCUGCAAAGCAUUCCACAUGCGAACACAAGACACACGGUUACGUCUGAGAACGAACCAGACGAUGGAAAUGAUGCUAAACAGGAAGAAGUAGUAGAAAUGGUGGGAAAGAAAUUGAAUCGACUCUGGCAUCGGCUAACCGGGGACAAGUCACAUCGAUACGAACCGGAACAUAGUUAUCAUGUAACGCGAUCCAUUCUGGAAGAGUUAUACGAGAGUGCAAAACGGUUUGUGCUCGAUAGGUUCCGCCCACGAGAUGGCCAACAAGGCAAGGGCAUGCUAUUGGAGGAAUCAAUUGAAAAUAAUAGCAGUUUGGCAACGGUUCAAGGAGAAAGUACAACUACAACCAUUACCAAUGCGACCACUGUAGCAAACGAGAACGAAGCCGCCGACUCGCCCGUUCCGACUAAUAAAUCCACAGCGAUUAAAGACGAUGCGGAGCAAGAUACUGCGGAAGAAGGCAAUCAACCCCCUUCUGCUAGCUCACAAGAAACUGAUGACACUAGUUCAUCGGCGGAUUUACAGAAAACAGAAUCAUUCGACGAGAAACUAACGGAAAAGUUCAAGGAUGCAGCCGAAGAGGAACUUCCAGUAGCCGAGGGGAACAAGAGCGAUGGAUUGCUUUCAUCGACAGCGAAGAGCUGGUCACCGGAGAGCCGUAAAAGUACGGCAUCCGUAGAAUUCCACACGCUAGAAGAGACAGCAUAUCAGUCUACCGAUUUUGGUGGUCAGGAUGUGGAACCAUUAGGUGUCGAAACGCCGGUACGCAGCGAAAGCUACUCAACAACGUUUGAGGAGCGUUCGAUGCUCGAAUCAGAGAACUCGCAGAUGUUGAUUGAGGAUAUGUCCUUACCGCCGGCACUGCUUAACAAUACCGGCUCAUUUCUGUUGACCGAAGACGAACAGCCAGAUCAGCAUCUGAGCGAACGUUCCAGUGUUGCACAGUUCCAGCUACAGGAAAAGUCGGCGCUGGAUGAUGAUGGUACAACGACAGUGGAGAGUGAUCAUGAGCUGGCACAUCCACGCAGCACGAGUGAUUGCAGCGACUCCAUGAUACACUCGCUAGAGGAAGCGACCGGCAGCAGUGGAGAGUGCGCAUCGACGGCAACCACUCCGACAACGGUCACACCCACCAUGGCUAUUGAAGCGAUCGACGAUGACAAUCUGGAACAGGAAACGGUCGAUGGAACGGUUGAAGAUUGUGAAGCUGUGGAAGAGAUCGAUAUCGGUCAACCACGUUCAUCCUUGAACAGCAGCUCGUCUACUUCAGAACUAGAAAAGCGUUUGGUUACGUUGCAUGAUGAGCUCGAAGAGUUGAGCGAAACGUUCGAAAGAACCCCGUUAAUGCGUUCGCCGACGACCCCGCCACCACCGUUACCGGCAUCUGUGACACAGGCAGCAGAUACGAGCGCAACGAGAUCCGACAAGGAUGGAAAUAACCAACCAGAUUCUAGUGAAUCUGAAUCGCUCUUGGAAUCCUCCAAAACUCAAGAGCGUGGUACAGAAAUCGACAAAAAGGAUACGAUCGUGGUGGUUAACAGUGCAUCUCUUACUACAAACGAUCCGAAUCCAGCUAAAAUUGAAAUUAAGCAUGAUUCGAAGUCACCACUCAACGAUUCCUCCAUGCCCGGGUCCGCUUCCGGUGCAUAUUCGGCUACUCGUAACUAUCCUCCCGUUAGUUCAUCACUUACCACUGGGGGAAGCUGUGUAUCCAUCGGCUCAACAUCUCCCGGCCCUCCCAGUAACACCACCGUUCGCAUGCCAGACAUUAUUAACGAAGCGGAAGUGUUGCGUCGCCAGCAGCUACAGAUUGAGCAGGAAAUCAAGGAGCUCCAGCAGCAGGUUGGCUUCUUCCGCGAAAUUCCCAACAAACCACCGCCACCGUACAUUCCGCCUGCCAACGGCAGUCCACUUGCUCUACUGUUUCCCUCAGAAACUCGCAUCGACGAACUGAUCAAUGAACGGCUCGAUGAGCUGUACCGCGAUCCUUGGCUCCCAGUGGAACGGCUCCGCUCCGAUCAUGUGACGAAUGUUUACGAGAAGCUAAUUCUUGACGUGUGCAACGAGUUGUACGGCGAUCUCAGACCACCGGAACCCACCGUAUCGUUCCGCACGAUCGAGCAUGACAAACGGCCACUAGCAUUCUACAAUCCACCCGAUGAGUUGCGCUGUAUGAAGGAUUAUCUGCGACGUAAAGUCAAGCACAUUCUUAACGAGGAGCAAUUGUCUCUACAACAGCAGCAUCAACAGUUGAGCCAGUUUCCGUAUCAUCAACAGCUGUUCCAUCACUUGCAGCAGUCUCAUCAACAGCACCCACUGCAACAUCAACAUCUUCAUCAUCAACAGCAGCAGCAUCAUCAGUUGCUUGCCCAGUGUGCUACGGUUCCACUGCAGUACGCAAACGGUGGGUGCGCAAACAAACGGAAGCGAGAUCAGGUCGAUGAGAUCCUGGCCGAAGAAAUGCACGAAGACGAUGCCCGCUGGACUAACUUUGAUCGCGAAGAGAUCGAGGUAAAGGAUCGCAUUACCGGUGAGCUGUUGAAAUCGCUGUUGGGCGAUGCUAUUCGAGAUAUGGCCGAUGCCUAUCGGUGCAAGAAUCAACCGGACAACAAAUGCGUUCCACUGAAGGAAAGUGCCAUGUAGGGUAGUAGGAAGCCGUGCGGUGUAUUGCAUUUACUACACAGUUACUGUUUAUCUUUUAAUUGUUUGUGAUAGAGCCCUUUGUGAAUCUUAAUUAAUGUUUUCAUGACUUUUUUCGUUUUUAAGCGCCGUUAAUAUUUUUACAAAUUCGUUUUCAGUUUUUGUUUUGCUAUAAGAGCGAUACGCACAUCGAGCUGCGUAGUAUUAGCAACGAAAAUCCUCCGAAAAACAGAAUUAUAUGCUCAAUUUAACUAGAAAGCACAAGCAACUGCAGAAAUUGAACGAUUCAACGCAACCGAACUGACUGAGCAGUUAAGGGAAACUGCAUAGUAAGAAAGUGAAACAGAAUUUAAAGAAGAUGACGCCUUUGUACGAAUUUCUUAUUCGUACACUUAGUUUAGCUGAACACUACAUUGGAAAUGAACUGAAUGUUAUAGAAUUAUUUUAAUAGAAUCUUUUCUCGAAGACUGGACUGGGUUAGUUACUUAAUGCUGGUAAUAAAAUAAAACGCAACCAAAACCA